AUGGAUGACAAAAGUAGCGUCGAGUAUAACAAGAGUAGCACAGACAUAGAAAAGCAUAGUGAAGACACGAAUCAGAGCCAUUCAGAUAUUGAUGAAAGUACUGAAAACAUUGAUGAAAGUAAUGAAGAAUUAGAUGAACAUACUGAAGACCUAGAUGAACAUACCGAAGACCCAGAUGAACUUACUGAAGACCUAGAUGAACAUACUGAAGACGUAGAUGGAAGUACUAGAGACACAAAUGGCAGUAGUGAUUCAGAAAUUUUUAAUGAAACCUACAAUAGCAAACGUGCUAGAAGCCCUGUCGAGGAGCCAAACAAAAGGCAUCGGCAUAUUCAUACCGCAAAUCCUUCAGGAACAAUUAGUGUCAUACCCGGGAAAGGAAAAAAAAGACAACUGUCUCAAGAUUCCAAAUCCCGGCCACUCAGGCGAUCAACACAAAUACAAUCAUCAUCUGGAUCUUCCGUGACAUCCUACACAUCCCAGAGGAUCAUCCCUGCAACAUCGACUAAAAAAAAACGCAAAAUGACUCAUCCUCACAUGUCAUCUUCUCAACAUGAAGUAGGCUCCGAAAGUUCGAUUAUUGAAGAAAAUGCGGGCUCCAGCUUGAUUCAUCAGCUCGAUUCAAGCUCAAAUGCUCCGAGUAUCUCGAAUUCUCCGGCUCGAAGCGAUUCGAAUUCAACUGUUCGAGGGUUUCCGGAUGCCUCACAAUUCGACCACCUCCCAAAAAAUCCCAAAAUCACGGUCUUUGUUUGGGGUAUUGACGUUCUACUUGUCGUUGCAGAUGAACUCGAAAAGACUCUAUGCAAUUCAUUUAUCCGACGAGGACUUUUCCAAUCUGUUUUGAAUAACACGUCGGCUUUACUGAGUCGGGUAGAUGACAGAAUUCGAGACAUUGCUGUUGCCACCCUCACUGGACUACACGUCCCUGUAUGGUCAAAACUCACAUCUAUAGAUCAGCUGACCACCUACCACACUUGGUUAAACUAUCUCAACAGUGAUAUAGAUGGACGUUACGGAGCAUUUGAGAACAAAUUCGAAAACACAACCACAACAGACCGCCCAGAUCAAGUACUGCAAGAUCACGUUUGGACCAUCCAGAAACUUAACAUUGAUGGAAAGUUCUACAACUCUGCUAAAUCCAGCAAACCCCAUGAAGGCAAUACUUUGGUUGAGUUUUGGUUAAGAAAACAGAAAAGCUAUGGACGAAUCAAAGCAAUAUUCCGGACAUCCCUGAUACCAACGAACUUUCUUCAAAUCGAGCCGUUCACUGAACUGAGUGCCUUUGAUGCAAAGCUCAACUUGUAUUCUUCGUAUCCCGGUCUUCACGCUACCGUAUUAUAUGACAAACCUGCCCCACAAGUUGUAGUGGAUGUCAAAGACAUGAUGGGCCAUUUUGCGGCUGUUUUCAAUCUGGAAAACACAUUUGGGAUCUCACAGAAAACUGUCUCUAUUGUCAGUUUGAGGAACUCGGUAAGCUUUUGGUCAAUGUUUACGGCGAAACAUGUUCAGGGUAAUGUUUCUGAUUACUUGAAUUCCAAUUACGAUUUACUCGCUGCAGAGAUUCCAGCAACUUGCAAACCCUAG